UGUGGUUGCCGCCGUUAACGAAUUUGAAAGGAAGAGGCUUUCGCCAUUGAAGAGAUCUCAUUGUAGCCUUUUCAAUUUUGAUUUGAUGAAGAUGGUUAUGGAUUCAUCCACUUGCCCCUUCUGUCAUCUAUCACUUCCUUCCUCCCAACUCCAAUGGCAUGCCAACUCCCAUUUCGACGACGACGAUGCAAAUUAUCAUUCUCCUCCGGCUAGUGACAACCGUCUUGAUACAGCUUCUGGAGAUUGUAACAUUUGGUGUGGCGAUGGUGUGAGUGGUGGAGAUAAUGGGGUGUGGAAAAUGGAUGAAAAGAUCUCUUGCUUGGUUGAUUUGCAGAGAAGGGGAGAGUUUUACAAGGUUGAGAAGGGUUUGAUGGAAUUGUUGAGAAACUGUUUGGAGUCUGAGGCUGAAAACUCGAGAAGCAUUUUGUCAGGUUAUGUUGAUCAUUUCCAGAGCCUUGAGUUUGAGGAUGUUGGAUGGGGUUGUGGUUGGCGUAACACUCAAAUGCUUAGCUCACACUUGCUGGCACAAAGGCCAGAAGCAAGAGAAGCCAUGUUUGGUGGUUCAGGGUUUGUCCCUGAUAUCCUAUCACUCCAGAGGUGGCUUGAGAUUGCUUGGGAAAGGGGUUUUGAUGCACCUGGCUCUGAUCAAUUUAACCAUGCCAUCUAUGGCUCAAAAAAAUGGAUUGGAGCUACUGAAUGUGCUGCCCUUUUGCGUUCUUUUGGUCUCCGAGUGAGGGUAGUGGAUUUUGGUCCCAAGGAAUCUGAAGCACUCUAUCUAUCUGUCCAUGGUUCAAGUGUUGGGGCAAAGGAGCUAGUGACAACCAAUGAUGGAAGGAAGAGGAAAGCACCAAAUACUUGUGGACCAAUGGAUAGAUAUGUGUCUCGUGGUGUUGCUCAAGCUGGUUGUAGCCAAGAUGCAAAGUCAUGUUCUUCUCUUAUCCGGAUUCGUGACACUGUUGAUAAAGAAAAUAGUGGUGAUAGAGCGGUAAGCAGUAGUGCAAAACAAAAUGAGGGUCAUCAAGUUCUUAUGGAUUUUGUGUGGAAUUACUUUUCUCAUAAAGACACAGUUCAAUUUGGCCACAAGCGUGUUCUUAUCAGUGAGAAAACGCCCUUGUACUUUCAACAUGAUGGGCAUUCAAGAACAAUAGUUGGAAUUCAAGUCAAAUAUCAACGGUCUGGAACACCGCAAUAUAAUCUCCUGGUUCUGGAUCCUGCUCAUGUAAUAUAUUUGCAUAGAACGGCUGCUCUAGAAAGAUCACUUAGGGUGAAAGUUGGAUGGCAGAAAUUCAUAAAAAGAGGAGUGCACACACUAAAGAAGCCACAAUACCAGUUGUGUUAUGUUGAUCCUGGAAUUGCCGGUGAGGAGGAGAUGGAAAAACUCAAGACAAUUGAUAGUGUUUUCCUUGAAUUUUAAAGGACCUUGCUACAUCACGAUGAAACACAUUACACAUCAAUAUUGGGUUCUAGACAGUUGCAAUUUCAGUGUAGAUUCCGAACAGGUGUGGUGAAAGAAAUGAUGCUUCAAUCCUAUGCUGUUUUAUUGAAUUUUACUUUUAAAAGAAAAUUACUAAAUAAUACAUUUAAAAGUCGACUCAUGUAUUUUUAUAAUUAGGAUCAAAAUAAGACUCAUUUAUUUCUUAUAUAUAAUAACGAAAGUAGUAUUUGAGAAUGCCUCUUAAUAGUUUUUUAGUUCUAGAAUAACUUCCGUGGCAUUCCUUAGUCAUAUCCGGGUUGAUUCAGAAAUGCAAUCUAUUUCCAAAACAUAUAUGAAUAUAUGAUGAGUGCAUUCGUAUGUUUGUUCAA